AAUGGCUUCUUCCUCCUCAGCGCCUAUGAAGGACGACGAAAAAUCCAGAAACUGGGAGGAGCUUCCACCGGAACUGACUUCAUCAAUCCUGCACCGUCUCGGCGCCAUUGAGAGAUUAGAAAACGCUCAGAAAGUGUGCAGGCCGUGGCGUUCCGUCUGCAAAGACACUUCCAUGUGGCGCAAAAUCGACAUGCGAAUCCCGAGAAAUCUCAAAAUCAUUGAGUACGACAUCUAUAUGAACACUGAAAAUCUUGACGCCGAGGAACUCCGCACUUUCAUCGCCUUUAGAUCAAAUAUUCUGAAACGCCUUGGACGUAUGAUGUGUCAUGCCGUUGAUCUCAGCCAAGGCGGCUUGGUAGAGAUAAACAUUGAAUGUUUUGGCACUGAUUCUCUCCUCACAUAUAUUGCUGAUAGAUCAAGUAAUUUGAGACGCCUUGGACUUGUUAAGUGCGAUCAAAUAACGGGCAUGGGACUUUUCGCUGCAGUCAUGAAACUUCCAAUGCUUGAAGACCUCGAGCUUUCAUACUGCUCAAUCAAAGGACUGAAUUUGGAAGCUAUAGGCUAUGCUUGCCCUCAUUUGAAAACAUUGAAGCUAAAUUGUCAAGGUUACAAUAUCUUCGCUCGCUUUGAGUCUGAUCAUGAUGCCCUAGACAUUGCUAAAAGAAUGCCGGAACUGCGAUAUCUCCAGCUUUUUGGGAACAGACUAACAGACAUCGGCUUGAACGCCAUUCUUGACGGUUGUCCUCACCUGGAGUACCUCGAUUUACGCCAGUGUUUCAACAUUGAUUUUGUAGGGGAUCUGGAGAAGCGUUGUAUCGAAAGGAUCAAAGAUUUGAGACUCCCCAACGACUCAACUGAUGAUUACCCAUUUGAUACCAGUUUGGUCGAUUUUGGGAUAGACAUUUGAAAUCGUUUUGAAGUCUGUUUAUCUGGUCUUGACAAUAUAUCAGUCUUUGGUUUAAGCUCUUGAGCAUGUCAUUGUAACUUUGCGACUUGGCAAGUUUAUCCAUCUUAUAGUUAAAUGUGUUGGCAAUGUUUAUUGUAUUCUGCAACUUCCAUGUUUUGCGAGGCGUAUUAGUGGAUUGAUUGACCCUUUUGGCUCGGCAUUUUCUUCAACUAAAUUUAAGUUUCUUAU